UUCGAUGCAAACUGUCUUUUAACGAGUCAGGGGAUUUUUUUUUUUUGCAGAGCAGGGAUGACACCUGACUUGUAGUCGUUGAUGCCAGUUGUACGAUCUAGCAUGUAGUGAGUCUGUAGCUUUUUUUUUUUCUGUAGCAAUAUGAAGAAUGGAAGAAGACGAUGUUACGAUCAGAGAGCAGAAUUUCCACAGCCAAGUUCGAGAGUACAUCAUUUGUUUCCUCCUGUUUGCAGUCCUCUACAUUGUGUCCUACUGCAUCAUAACCAGAUACAAGAAGAAGAGUGAUGACCACGAGGAUGAAGAUGCUGUUGUCAACCGAAUAUCAUUAUACUUGUGCACCUUCACCCUGGCAGUGUCGGGUGGUGCCGUCUUCCUACUGCCUUUUUCAAUCAUUAGUAACGAGAUCCUCCUCUCCUUCCCCAAAAACUACUACAUUCAGUGGCUCAAUGGCUCCCUCAUUCACGGUCUGUGGAACCUGGUGUCGCUGUUCUCCAACCUUUGCCUCUUUGUCCUGAUGCCCUUUGCUUAUUUCUUCUUGGAGUCUGAAGGAUUUGCGGGAUCAAAAAAGGGCAUUAAGGCACGUAUUCUUGAGACCUUUGUGAUGCUCUUCCUGCUGGCUUUGCUCAUCCUGGGCAUCGUGUGGGUGGCAUCAGCACUCAUUGACAAUGAUGCAGCCAGUUUGGAGUCACUCUACGAUCUUUGGGAAUUUUACCUACCAUACCUCUACUCCUGCAUAUCUCUGAUGGGAGGACUGCUUUUGCUAAUGUGCACGCCUGUGGGAUUGUCCAGGAUGUUCACUGUCAUGGGGCAGUUACUAGUGAAGCCAACAAUCCUGGAGGACCUGGAUGAGCAGAUUUACUGCAUCCAUUUGCAGGAGGAAGCCCUUCAGAGGAGAUUAAACGGAUCAUCCUCACACACUUAUCCUCGAGGAAGCUUUGCUCACCAGCUCAACAAAGAAUUGGACAACAUUAGAAAUCAGAGAAAUAAAUUGGAGAGAAGAAAGAGAGCAUCAGGUUGGGAGAAGAACUUGUUGUAUCCCAUAGUGAUGCUGAUCCUGCUCACAGGAACGACAAUCUCAGUUCUUAUGGUGGCACUGAAUAUCCUCUACCUUCUAGUGGAUGAGACUGCCAUGCCCAAGGGAUCCACAGACCGAGGCAUUGGGAACACCUCCCUGUCCACAUUUGGCGUGGCGCAGGCAGUGCUGGAGAUCAUCCUCAUGUUCUACUUGAUGGUGUCUUCUGUCGUUGGCUUCUACAGCCUGCGUGUCUUCGAGGGGCUCACUCCCAGGAAGGAUGACACAACCAUGACAACGAUCAUUGGUUGCUGUGUGUCAAUCUUGGUCCUGAGUUCAGCCCUGCCAGUGAUGUCCAGAACUCUAGGUAUCACCAGGUUUGAUCUCUUGGGAGACUUCGGAAGAUUUAAUUGGCUAGGAAACUUUUACAUUGUCCUUUCCUACAAUCUGCUGUUUGCUGUCGUGACAACGCUUUGUCUGGUGAGAAAAUUCACCUCAGCAGUACGGGAAGAACUUCUAAAGGCCUUAGGUCUGGAUAAAUUGCAACUGUCAAACAGCCCCACGGACCCUGAAUCUGGGAAGCUCUCGGCCAACGGGCAUCAGAAAACUCUGUGAAAGGGACGGCAGAUCAACACACACACACAAACAAACUCACACAUACACACACACACGCCCACACACACUUAAACACACACCUUAGCAUAGCCAAAGGGAGAUUUCCUGACUGCUGAAAGGUGAAAGGGAUUGCAAGGAACUUAAUAAACCCAGGCAGUGUCUGACGGAUGCUGCGAAUGGAGGCUGAGAGCAAUUUAGCUUCGUGACAUUCCAUCCUCUGCGUCUCGGAUGGAAGCUGGGACAGAGCCAGGGAUGCGACUGAGGAGUGAAAUAGACUGGCAUCACUGCAGUGACCUUGAUGUUGACCUCAACUGCGACUGUGACUUUAAACCACCCAUCUCUUGCUUCAGGGGCACUCUCCCCCCAGCAUUGCUACUUGGUAUUCUUCUACAACCUCCUCAAACUGCACUAGACAAAAGCAAGAGGGUACAGCAGGUAAAACAACGCACCUUCUGUCUUUUCUUUAAGUCUUACGUCUAAUAAAAGGCAGUGGGUUCUUUUUCCAUCACCCUGCUCCUCCUCUGUAUUCAGCAUAGUAAAUAGGCCGCCACAGCUCAGUCAGACUCAUUUUCUAAUGUCAGUAUGUCGAUGGUAACCGGUGUCAGUGAUGCGUGGAGCGGUUUGCAGUUUAUGGUCUUUAAUUGUUGGUCUCUGAUUGCUAUGUGAACUGAUACGGGCAUGAUAAGGUGACAGUUUGUCAUUUUUUGAUUUAAGCUCAAAAUGUGAAAAUAACAAAGUGUGCUCUGUGAAGCAUGAAAGAAGUAAUUUAUUCACUUUCAUCACAGCCAGUACAAAAACCCACACGGCAUCGAUGCAGUUCACAUUAUAUGCAUUGGUACUGUCGUUACUGAUGGGGCCUCCAAUUUUAGCACUCGUGCUCUCAUUUGUCUUUUUUAUUUGGCUUUAUUCAAGUGCGCUUUAACUUUAUUGAUGAAGUCAUUAGUUUGUAUGAAGUAGGGUAAGAACUUUUUUUUUUUAGGUGCUCUAGAUUUGACUUGAGCUAUCCUACAAAUGGGAAACUAUGGGAGUUUUAUCCACUUCAGUUCCAAUGAGCAGAAGGCUUUAGUGCACUGGGAGCUGAGCCUGUGGUUGUAUUUCCUAAAAUGUUGUUAUGCACAUGGUAAGAAAACGUCAUUUUUUUGUCCCCUAACCCCCCACCCCCGAAAAAAAAUUUAGCUUCACAGGGCACAGAAAAAUUAAUCACAUUUGUUAUUUUAGCAAAUGUUGUAUUUACAUGUACAUACUUUUUUGUUUCAUACCUCUUUGCAUUAUUUGGAUGUAAAUAUUGGGCUCUCGGUGAGCCCACUGAGGGUCUGACUCACUAAGCAAUCUGUAUUUUGUUGGACAUAUUAUUUUUUUAUAAACACCUAAAUCUAAUGCAAACCGGUAACAGUCUUCACAUACGGAGUGAAAAAUGUGCAAGUUUGCAGAUCAUAGAAAGACUUGGUGACUCAGGCCCCAUAUCCAUGUUGUUGUAUUGCUGCAUAAUCUUUUGAACUGUGAUGUUCUUUGUCUCCAGAACCACCUUAAAUGCCUUAUACGACAAGCUUCUCACAGGCUUAAUGUUAAGGUUAUUUCCUGUUCUGUAUAGUCUGUUUAUGUACAUGUACACAUGUUUACAUGUACAUUCUUUGUCUCUAGACAGUUCCACUGUGAUCCCUGUACAUCACGCGUCUCUAGUCUAAAGCCAGCUUGAUAUAACACACAUCAUUUCUUUUUGACAUGAAUGUUGUCACAGUAGCUCUCAUCUAGUGAGGCUCCAUUUUAAGACUCAUUCAUUGCCCAUAAAACUUGAGCACUUGCUAGUGUAGGGCUGACUGAUCAAAUGAUGUAGUCUUAUGGUGUUAUAGAUGUGUUUUCAUGCUCACUAAUACAACAUGAUGAAGAGAGAAAGGAAAUAUGGAAAUUUUAAUUUAUAUAUGCAUUUAAAACUUUUGUUUCUCAGGACAGGGAAUGUUUUACAUCAAAGCUGUCUGCCAUUGGCAUUAUUGCUAUAUUACUAAAGACUGGACUUAAAGGUAAAUUUGCAAUUCUCGAUUAAAAAACGCAUACUGAAGCCAUCUUCGCAAAUGAGCAAAUCAGACCAGAGAAUGUUUUGUAAAGGAUGAUCCAUACACAUAACAGCUCUUAUCAUCCCAAAGCCAAAGCAGGACCAUGUUUCUAAUUCGAAAGAUGUCAUUUCAAGAACCCAGGUUACCCAGAUUUACAGACAUUACUGGCAGAAACAUUUGGUCGUAUGCCAUCUUAUACUCGUACUGCGUGUUUUCAGCUAUCUUACUGACGUUAGGACCGUGCUGAUCAUUGGAUACUGUGAAAAAUCAAGAUGGCACAAAGUGAUGAGGGAAAGCAACACUGAAAACUGGUAAAAUAGAAUUUUAUCUAGUGAAAGUAAAAAUGAUUUUCUUACUACUAUCUGGAUGAACUGCAAUCACUAAAAUGGCUCAAUAUGGAUUUCUUUUUUUUUACAUCAUCUCUAUCAUAGUUGUGCUUGCAUCCACUCAGCUGCAGAGUGUGGUAACACUGAACUCUGGGGCUCUGUGAUAUCUGGCAGGGAAGCAUCACAGUCAUACUCCUUGCAGUGGAUUCAGAGGUGAGAGCUGACAGGUCUAUUUUGUGGUUGCCUUUACAGUACAUCCAUGUUGUGUGAGGGUUUCAAAAGUUCAGAGCUGGCCUGUACUGUAAGUGAAGCAGCUUUUAUUUCUGUCUGUAUGUCAGUUGGUCUCUGCAUGUAAUUUUUGGUACAUGUCUUGUGAAUGUAUUUUUUUACAAUUUCUCAGUUUGCUAAAUUUAUGUUUUGUUAUUUUUGAUGUUUAUGUGUUUGCAAAUAAAAGUAGAAAAUGCUU